AUGUCCGCCCAAAGGGCAGUCAAGCCCAAGAAACAGCACAGAACUGUGAUUCCGUCAGCAUAUCCGUCUCCCCCACAAGGUUCCUCAACCAGAAGAGAUCAAGUAUACAAUACAUUCACCGUCGGACUCGACGUAGUGGCAAACAUAGCGGAGGGAUCAGAUAUACUAGCCCCUCUCAAGGCCGCUUGUCGAACAACAAGAUCAAUCCUUGAAGUCGCGCAGACGAUAGAGAGCAAUCAAGAGGAAUGGACGGAUCUCACCUGGCGUCUGGAGGGCUAUAUGUCCGCACUCGAGGAGCGAAUCACCUUAUUCGAGACAUAUUCUCUAGAGGACAGGGCCGUCGACGAUGCGUUUAGCCAGCCGCUCGUCCAGUAUGUCGAAUUCCUUGAAACUAUACACGAUACGGCUGUCGAAAUAAAGGAGAAACGCAAGCGCAGCAAACUGGGGUUCUUGAAGUCAUUGAGCAAAAUCAAAAUCGAUGCAGGAGAGAUUCGAAAACUCAACCGAGGUCUCGAAGAUGGACACAGGAAGCUCAUGGAGGCGUUGAGUCUGUUCACUGCACUACGCAUCCAGGCUGUCGAACGGAAUACCAAGGCCAUUCUAACAGAGGUCGACGCAUCUGCUAUUCUUCAGCUGCCGACGGUAUCAUUCGUCGCAUCUUCAGUCCAUACCACUUGUCUGAAAGGGACGCGCGAGGCCGUGCUGGAGGCGAUCUGGCACUGGGCAGACGAUGACACGUCGGAGAAGCCAAUUUUUUGGCUCUGUGACAUAGCCGGCUCCGGCAAAUCCACCGUCGCAAUGUCUGUAGUCGAAUCGUGGCAACGACAAGGAGUGCUUGGGGGGAGAUUCUUCUUCUCGAUAGCAAGCAGCGAAGCAUCGGCCACCAACAAGUUCUGCACAACCAUAGCAAGGGACCUUGCUCAAUACGUCCCCGAGCUCGCCCCACACGUUGCCGGAGCCGUGAAGCGGAAUCCCUCUUUCAUGCGAAGCUCCCUGGAGGAGCAGUUCCGAAUGCUUGUCACCGACCCUCUUCAUCAUCGGCAAGAACGCGUGGUUAUUGUGAUCGACGCUCUCGACGAAUGCAAAUCUGGAUCACAGCGGAGGGAACUCCUCGAAGCUAUUUCUACAGCGGUUCGAGGAUGUCAUACUCUCAAGAUAUUUAUGACAAGUCGGCCAGACCCCGUCAUACAAGCAGUCCUAGGUCCACUCUCGAUCAAGUGCAAGUUGGAGGACCGUCUGCACGACACCAUCUAUCGCGAUAAUAUCGACGAUAUUGCCUUCUACGUACACGAAUCACUGAAUGGAGUACUGUCAAAAGACAAGAGACAGAGACUGGUCGACAAGGCCAAAGGGUUGUUCAUCUGGGCAAGCACCGCAUGCCGAAUGCUCACUAGCGAGACCAGCUUGAGUACCCACGAGGGUACAUACAAUCUUCUGGUCUCUAUGGACCAGCCUGGAGCCAUAGACGAUCUAUAUAGUCUCAUUUUCGAGCGCACAGUCCCCGAACACCACGCAGUCAUGUAUAAGAUGCUUGCUUUGCUGCUGGCCGCAUUUGAGCCGCUCCCCGUCAAUCAUAUGGACGAUAUGCUCAAGCAUGCUGGGGUAGAUGGGAGCGCCAAGGCUUUGGUACGGAAUCUCGGGAGCGUACUUGUCGAGGAUACAGCUACGCAUCUUAUCCAAUUUCGCCAUCCCACCUUUGUCGAGUAUCUUCGACGCUGCUCCAUCACCCCAGCCGUCGACAGCCGCAAUAAGAUAUACAUCAACAUCGCCAAUGCGCAUGGUCAAGCUGCGUCAUGGUGCUUCAAAUGCUUCAAGUCCCGGAGUGAAGGUCUCAAGUUCAACAUCUGUCAAAUCGAGUCGUCUUUCCACCUCAAUAGAGAGAUACCUAACCUUGACGUCAAGGUAUCGAGGUGUAUCUCAAGAGAACUUCGAUAUGCCAGCUCUCAUUGGCUGUUCCACGUAGCGGAAACUGACGACAAUUGGCGACGCACGCUCAGGAAUGAACUCCAGUACAUUAUUGGAAUCCCAUAUACCCUAUACUGGAUGGAGAUUCUGAGCUUCACUGGAGGAGUGGCACGGGCGAUGGCUGGUCUUCGAGCGAUUACUAGCUGCACAGGACUUGAAGAAAAAACUAGAAGCAGCCUGGACGAAAUUCGGCGGUUCAUCAUAGCCUUUUCGGUGCCAAUACAGGAGAGCGCUCCACACAUCUACAUCUCUGCACUUCCUUUCACUCCUACAAAGUCGAGGCUACAUAUUGAAGGGCUACCGGAAUACCCUAACACUCUGACAGUGAGUCGCGGAGUCGAGGACAGAUAUCCCGGAAUGCCUAGUGCUCUUCGAGGUCACGAUGGCCCUGUAAACACCAUUGCAUUCUCACCAGAUGGCUCAAAGAUUGCCUCUGGAUCAAACGACAACACGAUUCGACUAUGGGAUGUUGUCACUGGUCAGCCACUAGGAGAGCCAUUGAGAGGUCACGGUGGUUCCAUCAAUUCUGUCGCGUUCUCAAUAGAUGGGUCACAAAUUGUCUCUGGCUCUUCCGGCAACACGAUCCAAGUAUGGGAUACAGUUACUGGCCAGCCGCUGGGAGAGCCACUCCAAGGUCAUAGUCGGUGGAUCAGAUCGGUCUCAUUCUCGCCAGACGGGUCGCAAAUAGUCUCUGGCUCAUCAGAUAACACGAUUCGACUCUGGGAUAUAGUUACUGGUCAGCCGCUGGGAGAGCCAUUCCACGGUCACAGCGGCUCGAUCAAUUCGGUCGCCUUUUCGCCAGAUGGCUUAAAAAUACUCUCUGGCUCAUGUGACAGGACGAUUCGACUAUGGGAUGCUGUCACUGGCCAGCUGCUGGGAGAGCCACUGCGAGGUCACCAGGGCUGGGUCAAUUCGGCUGCGUUCUCACCAGAUGGCACAAAAAUUGUCUCUGGAUCGGAAGACGCGACAAUUCGACUAUGGGAUGCUGUCACAGGCCAGCUACUUGGAGAGCCACUCAGUGGUCAUAAAUACUGCAUUUACUCUGUUGUAUUCUCCCCAGAUGGCGCACGGAUCGUCUCCAGCUCGAGGGACAAGUCGAUCCGAAUAUGGGAUGCUGUGACCGGCCAGGUACUGGGAGAGCCACUCCUGGGUCAUGUAGAUGACAUAUAUUCCGUCAAAUUCUCUCCAGAUGGCUCACGAGUCGCCUCCGGUUCACGAGACAAGACAAUUCGACUAUGGGAUGCAGCCACUGUCCAGCCACUGGGGGACACAUUCCAAAGUCACCACAGCUCGAUUAAUUCUGUCGCAAUCUCACCAGACGGCUCACAGAUUGUCUCCGGCUCUUCCGACAGGACAAUCCGACGCUGGGAUACAGCCACUGGUCAGGCGCUGGGGGAGCCACUCUACGGUCAUGAUGGCUGGAUCAACUCUGUCUCAUUUUCGCCAGAUGGCUCAAGGAUCGUCUCUGGCUCUCAAGACGCGACGAUUCGUCUAUGGGACGCAACCACGGGCCAACCGCUGGGCGAACCGCUGAGCGAACGACUUCGAGGUCACUGGAGCUCGAUUUAUUGUGUCAGAUUCUCACCAGAUGGAUCAAAGAUCGUCUCUGGCUCUCAGGAUGGGGCAAUUUGUCUAUGGGACACCGUCACUGGCAAACUGCUGGGCAAACCACUUCGAAUUGACAGGACCGCUAUUAAUUCCGUCGGAUUCUCGCCAGACGGAUCACAGAUAAUCUCUGGAUUGGGAGACCGAACGAUUCGACGAUGGUAUACAGUCACUGGUCAGCCUCUGGGAGAACCACUCCGGGGGCACGACGACUGGAUCCACUCUGUUGCAUUCUCGCCAGAUGGCACACAGAUCGUCUCCGGCUCGAGGGACAGGACGAUUCGACUAUGGGAUGCUGUGACUGGUCAGCCAGUAGGAGCAUUGCGAGGUCAUGGGGUAUCGGGUUCUUCUGACAAGACGAUUCGACUAUGGGAUACAGUGACUGGCCAGCCGGUCGAGGGGCCACUUCGAGGUCACGAUGACUGGAUCUUCUCUGUCACCUUUUCGCCACUUGGUUCAAAAGUUAUCUCUGGUUCGAGAGAUCAGACAAUCCGACUGUGGGAUGUAGUCACUGAUCAGCUGCCGGGAGAGUUACUCCGAGGUCACAAUGGCUCGGUCCAUUCUGUCGCAGUUUCACGAGAUGGUUCACAAAUUGUGACUGGUUCUUACGAUGAAACAAUUCGACGAUGGAACACGGAGACUUGUCAGCCACUUGGAGAGCCACUUCUAGGUCACGACGGCUCAAUCUAUUCUGUCGGUUUCUCGCCAGAUGGAUCACAAAUCGUCUCUGGCUCUGAAGACGCGACAAUUCGUCUAUGGGACGCAGUCACUGGCCAACCGCUGGGCGAACCACUUCGAGGUCAUGAUGGCUGGAUCUUUUCCGUCGCAUUCUCACCAGACGGUUCACAACUUAUCUCCGGCUCUUCCGACAAGACAAUUCGACUCUGGGAUACAGCCACUGGCCAGCCGCUGGGGGAGCCAUUCCAAGGUCAUGAUGGCUGGAUCAAUUCUGUCGCAUUCUCUCCAGAUGGCUCAAAAGUCGCUUCUGGCUCUGUUGAUACGACAAUCCGUCUAUGGGAUGCUGUCACUGGUCAACCAUUGGGAGAACCGCUCCGAGGGCACGAUGGCUCAGUCAGAUCAGUCGCAUUCUCUCCAGACAGCUCAAAAAUUGUCUCCGGAUCAUCAGAUAGGACGGUUGGACUAUGGGACGCGGUCACUGGUCAGCCACUGGGAGAACCACUCCGAGGUCACAACAACUCAAUCUCAGCUGUCGCAUUCUCACCAGACGGGUCACAAAUCGUCUCUAGCUCUUCCGACAAGACAAUUCGACUCUGGGAUAGAGCGACUGGUCGGCCACUGGGAGAAUCAUUCCGAGGGCACAUCGACUCAGUCAAUUCCGUCGCAUUCUUGCCAGACGGCUCUCGAAUCGUCUCUGGCUCGGAAGAUAGGACGAUUCGAUUCUGGGUUGCAAUCAUAUGUCAGCCGCUUGUAGAGUCACUUCAAGUUCACAGCUCCUGCACCCAUUCAGUCCCAUUCUUGCCAGAUGAUCCAAAAACUGUCUCUGACUCAAAGGAAAAGAUUAUUAGAUUGUGGGACGGAGAAGGUGAUGCAAACACGCACCAGUCCAGACAAGGAAACACAGAACUUAUGCUUUCACGUCUUGAAAAGGAUUCUUCAGGCACUUCCCUAAGAAUUUCUGUACCUGGAUUCCAAUGGUGCUCACUCUCGCAGGAUGGAUGGGUGCAAUCGUCUGGUAAACGUCUCUUCUGGGUACCAUCGGAGAAUCGGCAUGGGUUGAAAUACCCGCAUCAUUUGACUAUGCCGACAUCAAGCUCCUUCCGUGCAACUAAACUUGACUUCACCCAUUUUCAAUGUGGUCCUUACUGGACAAAUGUCCGAAAGGACGUUUAUUAG